AUGAAUCGCGUCACACACGCUGGCUUCUGUGCAUUUGACGAGCGAAAUGCUGGUGGAAGAUCCCAGACACAAGCAGAGCUUCGCCACUUCAAACACGUGGUGACGUACACACCUGCAGGAAUUGACUGUGGCGGGAAAGUGAACGAGCUUCAGAGUGGUAGCCCAACAAUUGAAGCAUUGAGCACGUUUACCAGACGGAUGCGCGAAGAACGCGCCGCACAUGAAGUUCGGAUCGCGAACAUGAAUCGUCGGAUCACCGAUUACCACAACCGAGAAAGCGAUCGACUGCAUGCAACCACUGCGAGUACUAAUUUCCCAGCGAUGCACCCGAAAACGCAAAGGAUUUCUCCGGGUACUACCAUUCGGAUUCGUGAUCCUAAGCCUCCAAACGUACUCGUGAUGGGGAAACGAUCACCUCGAAAUGAACAGGACACGAUGCCUUGGAAAUCUACAGCAAGAUUGAACCUUUCCAAUCAUGGAGCUCGCGAUCUGUAUUGUGAAGCUCUCUUGCAGUACAUUUGCCAACAAAAAGAGGACGCUGCAAUGAAUUCGUCACGAAAAAGUAACUCUGACGAAGAUAUCGCCCCACUUCCAGUCGGGUGGGAAGAGAAGACAGACGCCAAAGGCCGGGUCUUCUUUAUCGACCACAUUAAUCGUGUCACCACGUGGAACGACCCACGCAAGAACAUUAAACCGUAG